AUGAAUCGGAGUUUAGAUUGGCUGCAGUUGCUGUUAAUCGCAAACCCCGAGGAAGUCAGGAGGAAAAUUAUGUUGGUACUCUGGCAGUCGUGGAACCUGCGGAACAGUGUCAUACAUGGUGAUGGAAAAGAGACAGUCUCGGGUGUGGUGCAGGGAUUACUGAGGCUACAUGCGGACCUGAUAGUGGCUGACGACGACCCACUCGAGGAGAGGAACAAAAACAAGUUAUCAACUUUCCCAACAAUCGUUCAUGUACCUCUGCAGCCGGGUGCAAACUACUGGGGAGCUCCACCUUCUGAUGCAGUAAAGUUGAAUAUAGAUGCUGCUUUCCUGCAUGAAUCUGGUGAGGCAUGGGGAGGAGCAGUAGCCAGAGACCACCUGGGCCGGGUGCUCAUGUCCAUCGGCAAACGCCUUGACCGCUGCCACUCAGCAGAAGAAGCAGAGGGUGCAGCCGUCGAGCUAGGGAUAACCACUUUUGCAGGCCUUUUCAGAGGACAUAUCAUCUUAGAAACAGACUGCGCGAGCAUUGGAGGGCUGCUCCAGUCGGCGAAAUGGGAGUGCAGAUCAGCCUGCCGUGCAGUCCUGGCCAAUGCCAAGAGGCAGAUGUAUGCUUUCUCCAGUUGGGAAGUCAGCAUCGUCAACCGAAACAAAAACUCUCUUGCUCAUGAAUUAGCAGCCAUAGCUAGAAGAACCGGGGACUUUAGUCUGAUUGCAAUGGUCCCGGAUGAUGCAAUAGCUGUAAUGAUGAAGGAGAUUGUAACCACCAUGGUGUAG